CGAUGUCUGUAUUGAUUACGUCCCUAGCCUUCAGUACUGCCUCUUGUUCUUUUUUUUGUGGUGAAUUUUUCCAUCUUGUCAUUUUGUCCAGAUAAGAGUAUAUGAAGGAGCAAGUAAAAUACUAAAAGGGUGGCAACAACCCCAGGAACAUAUGCUUUAACCAAAUCAGAAGAGAUCCCAAAUCGUGAGGGGGGAAAAAGGGGAUAAAAAGAGGUUCAAAAAGGAAGAAAGAAAAAAAAAGAAAAAAAAGAAUUAAAAAAAAAGAAAAUGAAUAAAGAAAAAUAUAAAAAAGAAAAAAUAUAUAUAUUAGAUAAACUAGUUAAAAAACGUUAAAAAAGAAGAGGGUUAAAGUUAAAAAAAAAUUUUACCAGAAGUCGAGAUUUAAAAAAAAAAACAAAAAAUGAAAAAGAAAAAAAUUAAAUUAACUGCAAGACUAAAAAAACCCACAGGGAGAAAGCCGUGAGUUCAGUGCUUUGCUUUCUCCUCCUCUGGAAUUCUGCCGCACUCCUUGGUAGGUGAACUUGGUCUCGGCUGGAUUUCUUGUUGAUCUUCUGGGGGAGGGGCCUGUUGUAGUGAUUCUCACGUGUCUUUGCCCCAGGCGGAUUUGCACCGCCCUUACCAGGGGCCGGGCUGAGUAAUCCGCUCGGGUUUGCUUUCAGGAGCUUUUGUUCCCGAGUGCUUUCCGUAGAGUUCCGGAGGACAGGAAUACAAAUGGCGGCCUCCUGGUCGCCGGCCUGGAGGAGCUGAGAGCCCGGGGCCCAACUCCUCAGUGCGCCCUCAGAGAACAGCGCCCGGUUACUCCCGUCUGCCUGACCUCUGGCCGCGCUCCGAGCUCACCGAGCCUGUGUUGGUUCAAGGCAACGUGAAUAUUUUUUCUUGCCAAGCUACUUCUUCCAAUUUUACAAAAGAUACUAUUAUCUCCAGCAGCCCCUAAAGCCUAGGAGUCCAGUAAAUCAUCAAACACACUCAUGACGGAAAAACAGCGGGAAGAAGCAGAAUGGGAAAGUAUAAAUAUGCUGUUGAUGAGGCAUGGCUUAGCACCUUUAUCUCUAGUCAAAGGAACUGAUCUUAAAGAUCUCAUCGUUUUUGACAAACAGUCAUCACAAAGGAUGAGGCAGAAUUUGAAAACAUUGGUGGAAGAAACAACACGCCAACAGAACAUGAUCCAGGAACUCAUAGAAACUAAUCAGCAGCUUAAAAAUGAACUUCAGUUAGAACAAAGCCGAGCAGCCGAUCAUGAACAACGAGCUAAUGACUUGGAACAAAUUAUGGAGAGUGUGAAGUCCAAAAUUGAUGAACUGGAGGAUGAAUCCCUAAAUAGGGUUUGCCAGCAACAGAAUAUAAUAGAAGACCUUCAAAAGGAGUGUAGAGCGUUACAGGCAAAAUGUCAACACUAUAAGAAAAAACGAAUGGAACAACAAGAGACUAUCGCUUCUUUGCAAAAGGAUAUCUAUAGAUUAACAAAGGAGGAGGAAGAACGGAUUGUCACUCAAAACAGAGUGUUUGCUUAUCUCUGCAAAAGAGUUCCUCAUACCAUCUUGGAUCGACAGUUGCUUUGCCUAAUUGAUUACUAUGAAUGUAAAAUAAGGAAAUUGCAUAAACAAAGGCAAUAUAAAGAAAAUGAAAGUCUGUCAGAAGAAGAAAAGGACUAUAGAAGUUUGGAUGCCUCACCAACUUAUAAAGGCCUUCUAAUGUCAUUACAGAAUCAACUCAAGGAAUCGAAAUCCAAGAUUGAUGCACUUUUAAGUGAAAAGCUGAAUCUCCAAAAAGAUUUAGAAACCAGGCCCACACAGCAUGAAUUAAGACUUUAUAAACAACAGGUGAAGAAACUGGAGAAAGCCCUUAAGAAAAACAUCAAAUUACAGGAUCUUAUCAGUCAAAAAAAGGCAGAGGAGCCAGAAAAACCGGAUGAACCCAGCAAAGAUAACCCGCAGCAGGCCCUAAUUGACCAGAAAUACUUUCAGGUUCUGAAUAGCAUCAAUUCAAUUGUUCAUAAUCCAAGAGCUCCAGUAAUAAUUUAUAAACAGAGCAAAGGAGGAACCCAACAUUUUAAUAAAGAUCUUGUUCAGGAUUGUGGAUUUGAGCAUCUUAUUCCUAUAAUAGAAAUGUGGGCAGAUCAACUGACUUCCUUAAAGGAUUUGUAUAAGUCCUUGAAAAUACUAUCUGCAGAACUGGUGCCUUGGCAUAAUUUUAAAAAGCAGGAUGAAAAUGAAGGUAUCAAAAUUGAAGAUCUGUUGUUUAUAGUAGAUACCAUGUUAGAAGAAGUUGAAAAUAAGGAAAAGGACAGCAAUGUGCCAAACUUAAAAACUUUGCAAGCUAUUGUUUCUCACUUCCAAAAGCUAUUUGAUGUGCCUUCUUUAAAUGGAGUCUAUCCUCGAAUGAAUGAAGUUUAUACUAGGCUUGGAGAAAUGAACAAUGCUGUGAGAAACCUCCAAGAACUCUUAGAAUUAGAUAGUUCAUCCUCAUUGUGUGUGUUGGUGAACACAGUUGGAAAAUUGUGUAAACUGAUUAAUGAGAAUGUGAAUGAACAGGUUAUGCAGGUAUUGGGACCUGAAGACCUCCAAAGCAUUAUCAACAAACUGGAAGAACAUGAGGAAUUUUUCCCAGCAUUUCAGGCAUUUACUAAUGAUCUACUUGAAAUCUUAGAAAUUGAUGACUUGGAUGCCAUUGUACCUGCAGUAAAGAAAUUAAAAAUACUUUCAUACUGAAAACAAAUCAAAUCAUUUUUACUGUGUAAAUUGCAUUCUUACCAUUCUGAGUAUUUUGUAGGAUAUUGCUUUGAGAUAAAGGUUAUAAAUGUAUUUACUCUCAGAAUUCAUCCCCUUCUUAGUAUUGGGUCCUUCCCAUCUAUAUUUUCAUUAACUUUGAGAUUCUUAUAUAGAAAACAUUGUAAGCUAAAGUGGUAAGCAUUUCUUCAGUGCUUAAAGUUUAAGACUGUUUUAAAGUGUAGUGUAUGAGUAAAACAGAAACUCAGAUUGCAGAUAAUAAAAAGGUUGUAUUUAGGUUGAGGUUUUAGUGACCUUUUUGAUUCUGGGAACAAGGAUUGCCUGUGGCUCUCUUGAAUUCAGCCAAUAAGAACCUUCUGCUUCCUGGCAAGGAAAUGGCACAUUCUGUUAAGAUAACCCUCAGGGCACUGCCUUUUCAAAGCAGGAGGAAGAAAAGGAUGAAGGAAAAAAUGUUUUAUCAUUGUGUUAGGAUAGGAAAUGAAUUAUGAGGUAAUAUAAAUGAGCAGAUAGUAGUCUCUCAUUUAAAAUAUCUUUUUACAAUCUUGAUGUAAUAUACUUUUUAUAAGGACAUGAAAUCUUAAAUAAAGUUUUUGUGAAGAAUUUCCAAAUAUAA